AUGAACUUUGAAGCGUUUUACGCUUUGAAAGCAGUGGAAGCAUCCAAACUGCAGGACCUGACAGAGAAGCUCAACUAUGUUGUCUUGUCCUUGUCACAGAUUGAUGGCAAUGUCAAGGGUUUGCAGGAAAGAGCACAUGUUUGGGACACUUUCCAGUUGCAUGUGUCCUCCUGGAAUGAGCAGAUCAAAGCUGUUGACAGAAAACUGGACUUACUCAGCAGAAGUUCCUCCAUCAGUUCAGCAAGGCCUGGGUUCCCAUUGGAGUUGGAGAACCGCUUGUCCUUGCUUGUCCAAAAACUGGAAAAUGGUCCAACUGGCAGCAGUCAAACUGAGGACCAAACUGCUUCUGGACAGCAAUCAUCAUUAUCCUCAUCAACAUCAUCAUCUUCUUCUUCUUCUUCUUCUUCAUCAAAUGGUGCUUUUUCAAGAGACCCCCUGGUGGCAGAAUUUGCAGCAAAAGGUGUCAUGACAACCCUCAAGUCCCUGGACUCCAAAAUUGAUAACAUUUUGCGCAGAGACCAUGAAGCUGAGAACAAAGUUUUUGUUGCUACUGUAAUAGAGGAACUUCUGGAGACUGGGGCAUGUGUUGCCUUCAGGCCAACAACCUCAUCAACAGCUGCUGGAAGUGAUUCUGACGAUUCUGAUGCUGACUUGACCCUUUCUGGUGAUGGAGAAACCUGUAAAAGAAACAACAGUGAAGUGCAGCAGAAUGUGAGGAAGCUGAUGGAAAUGGUUGGUGACCUGAGAAGUGACAUGAUGACUCACCUAGAUGAAGACAACUCUGGUUGCCACUCCAAAUCCAAGCAUACAUUUCCUGAAGAUAUUCUCAAGGCCAGUACCAAGCUGAUCACAACAGAGAUAGAAGCUGUGGCCAAAGAAGUAUCUGGGCUCAGACAAGCUGUCAGCAACACUGGCUUGAUGAGUACAAGUGCAUCAGAUGCGACAUCUAUGGGAUCAGGAAGCAAACAAAAGUACCCCAGCUUUUGUGUGACCACUUGGAAUGAGAUGGAGAAAAGGUCAAAGUUCAAGUUUUCUUCCAUCACCAACCAUGUUGAGGAGACUCACAAAUGUUGCUAUGACCAGACUCACAGGUUCAAGGGUUUCCAGGCCACCACUGAGUUCAAGCUUGGGCAACUGGAUGAAGUACUGAGGACACAUGAAUUCAAUGAUGAAAGGCGCCUGGGGUUGAUUCAAGAUCAUUACACUAGACAAAUGGCUGAACUUCUCAACAGGGUUGACAGGUUGUCCCUGAAAUUGGACAAGAACUGCUUUGGCUCAAAAGAUGCUGGAAAAGCUUCCAAGAUAAUUUUGAAUGAAUCAACCAACUACACCUUGAUCAUCAAUGGAUACUCUGGGAAUGCAUCAGACUCCCUAUCAGCCCACAAUGGAUCCAUGUUCAGCACAUAUGAUAGAACAAAUGACAGAGCUCCAGAAUGUUGCCCUUGUUCUCCUGCUUAUGGGUCAAGUGGCUGGUGGUUCUAUGCUUGCUUUGAGUCCAAUCUCACUGGGCCUUAUUUUGGUGAAAAUGAAGAUAACUUGCAUUUCCAAGGAAUAAUCUGGGAACACUUCAAGGGUGACUACAGCUUGAAGAGGGCAGAAAUGAAGGUGAGACCAAGAAAAUUCAAACCAAAGCAAAGUGGGAGUGAAAAUCCAAGCAAGGCUCCCAAGUUGGAUCCCUGGUGGUCUACCAUUCCCAUUGCAGAGGACCCUUGAAAUUCAGUUCUUCAUCCAUUCCAUGUUUUCCUGAAAUGAAUCUAUUAUUUUUGGGUAUACA